GGACCACAAAAAUGAACACAUACAAUUUGUUGGUAUUCUUCGCGCUAGUCAUCACAUGUCGAGCUGGUGUGGUGGCAGAAAACAGGCGCCUAGAUGCAGAUAACUUAGGCGAGGCAGCUUCAGUUGCCAGAACUGGCAUCGGUGGUUUUGCUGGAGGCGAGGCUGCCAGUUACGUAAGCAGCGAAGCUGCAGCGGCUGCAAAUGCUGCAAGUUACGCUGGUGGCUAUGCUGGUGGAGUGGCUGGCGGUUAUGCAGGAGGGGCCGCUAACGGAUAUGCGACCGGAGCGAUGGAAGGCUGGGGUGGAGCAGGAGCUGGUGCUGCUGCUGGUGCUGCCGCUGGAGCUGCCGCUGGUGGUUAUGCUGGCGGGAUGGCUGGUGGUUAUGCUGGAGCUGGUGCCGCUGGUUACGCCGGUGCAGGUGCGGCUGGUUACGCUGGUGCAGGUGCGGCUGGUUAUGCUGGUGCAGAUGCUGCUGGUUAUGCUGGGGCUCUAAGUGGAGGUUACGCCAAUGCAGGUGGUUAUGCAGCUGCUGAUGCUAGCAGUUACGCUGCAGCAAACGGUUACGCCAAUGCUGAUUUUGGUGGUUACGCUAAUGGUUAUGCUAAUGCUAAUGCAGCUGCAGCGGCAAAUAGUUAUGCAGCAGCAAACGGUUAUGCCAAUGCUGAUUUUGGUGGUUACGCUAAUGGUUAUGCUAAUGCUAAUGCAGCUGCAGCGGCAAACAGUUAUGCAGCAGCAAACGGUUAUGCCAAUGCAGAUUUUGGUGGUUACGCUAACGGUUAUGCUAAUGCUAAUGCAGCUGCAGCAGCCAACGGUUAUGCCAAUGCUGAUUUUGGAGGUUACGCUAAUGGUUAUGCCAAUGCAAAUGCCAUGGGCUAUGCAAAUGCAGAUGCCGCUGGUUAUGCUAAUGCCAUAGGUGGAGGUUACGCCAAUGUAGGAGCAGCUGGUUACGCUGGGGCUGAUGUUGCAGGCUACGGUUAUACUGGUGCUGGAGCAGGUGGUUAUGCUGGUGCAGGUGCAGCUGGUUAUGCUGGUGCUGGAGCCGGCGGUUAUGCUGGUGCCGGUGCUGCUGGUUACGCCGGCGCUGGUGCCGCUGGGUAUGCUGGAGCUGGUGCAGCAGGGUAUGCUGGAGCUGGAGCAGCAGGCUAUGCUGGUGCGGGUGCUGGUGGAUAUGCUGGCGCAGGAGCGGGCGGUUACGCCGGUGCUGGAGCGGCUGGGUAUGCCGGUGCUGGUGCCGCUGGAUAUGCUGGUGCUGGUGCCGCUGGGUAUGCUGGCGCUGGCGCUGGUGGCUAUGCCGGUGCCGGCGCAGCAGGUUACGCUGGUGCAGGUGCAGCUGGUUAUGCAGGUGCGGGUGCUGGUGGCUAUGCCGGAGCUGGUGCUGGUGGAUAUGCUGGCGCUGGUGCCGCUGGAUAUGCUGGAGCUGGUGCGGCCGGCUAUGCUGGCGCUGGUGCAGGCGCCGCCGGCUAUGCCGGUGCGGGUGCAGCUGGUUACGCUGGAGCUGGUGCAGCUGGUUACGCAGAUGCUCUUGGUUAUGUGUAAGGUUAAAUUUCGAUCUAGUAAAAGAUAAUUUGAGAUUGUUUUCCACAAAUCAGAA